AUGGCGCCCAAAAAACCAACCUCGUCCGUUGCUGCUGCUGCUUCUCCAGCCUCAGCAGCCGACUUUUUUACGCGUGGCAAGAAACCUACCACCACCGACAGAGUCAUCAACGUCAAGAAGACAACAACAGCCACUGUGUUCAAGCACACCCCUGCACUCAAAAGCAGCAGCACCAACAACAAGCCCAGGGCACAGAGUCAACAAAUAAAACAGGAUCAAAACAAGCCCCAUGACAUUAUUGUGAUCUCGGACAGCGAGGACGAUGAGAAAGCAAGCAGCAUCUCUCGCGAUGAAGUAAAUAACGACGAUGAUGCAGCUUGGGGUUUUGGAGAAGAUCUUGGGCCUCUGGACGACUUUCUCUUUGACGACGCCAUCGAACCCCAGGAGCCCCAAAACAAGCCCUUGCCUCAGACAAAGCUGAAGAAGGAUAUCGCCGAACCCUUGAUCACGCCAGUUAUGUCCAGAUCCUCGUCUGCCAAGCGAUCUCGCUCUCAUCUUGUAUCGACUCGUUCAGUCAAUAUCCAGCAAGGAAUUCACCAGGAAGACAUCUCGGAGCAUGAAAAGAUUCUUCGCCAGUUCGAUCUAGCGUCCAAAUACGGUCCUUGCCUCGGCAUGACCCGUCUCGAGCGAUGGGAGCGAGCUUCUCUGCUGGGUCUCUCGCCACCUGUAGGUGUAAAGGAUCUGGCAGUGAAGAACACGACCCUGAACACACCUAUUUACGCAGGCCGGGUUUAG